AAUACUUCCUCUCUCAUCACUCAUCAGUCGCCAUGAUGAAGUUGUCCCUGUCGACCCCAUGGUCCAUAGAUGUUCUCAAAACCUCUUCCUUUGUUAAAAUCACCGCUCUAACACUCUUCUCCCUCACCCUCCUCCUCUUCUUCUUCACUCGUUACUCACCAACCACCAUUUCUCCCCUCAUCUUCUUCUCUUCAUCCUCUUCCAAUGCCUCCUCCGCCGUGGACCAACCUCAUUCUCCUUCUCCUCCUCCUCCUACUCCUACUCUUCCUCCUCCUCCUUCUCCGCCACCGGGAGUUAAGGUUUUCCGUCUGCCUCCAUUGCCGCCUGUGGAGUAUUUGGGCGUGGUGGAUGGAAACGGAGUCAUGACGGAAGAUUUCAAAAUCGGGGACUUGGAUCCUGGUUUCGUUGAGGGCUUGUUGAAUUCGAGCGUUUCGCUUGUGGCGGAUGAGGGUGGUGUUGUGAGAGCUGCGAAGGUUGAGAGGUACAAGAUGUGUGAUGUGAAAAUGGUUGAUUAUAUACCUUGUUUGGACAAUGCGGAAGCGAUUGAGAAGUUGAAUUCGAGCUUGAGAGGGGAAAAGUACGAGCGGCAUUGCCCUGAAGAAGGGAAGGGUUUGAAUUGCUUGGUGGCUGCACCAAAGGGAUACAAGAGACCCAUCCUUUGGCCUAAGAGCAGAGACGAGGUUUGGUUCAGUAAUGUACCCCAUACACGUCUGGUUGAAGAUAAAGGUGGCCAAAAUUGGAUAUCAAUAAAGAAGGAUAAAUUUGUUUUUCCUGGUGGUGGAACACAAUUUAUACAUGGUGCAGAUAAAUACCUGGAUCAGAUUUCGGCGAUGGUUCCUGAUAUUGCAUUUGGUUACAACACCAGAGUUGCUUUAGACAUUGGCUGUGGAGUGGCAAGUUUUGGUGCGUUUUUGAUGCAACGUAAUGUUACAACUCUUUCAAUAGCUCCAAAAGAUGUUCACGAAAAUCAGAUUCAGUUUGCUCUUGAGCGUGGUGUGCCUGCCAUGGUAGCAGUAUUUGCUACACACCGUUUGUUGUUCCCAAGCCAGGCAUUUGAUCUGAUCCAUUGUUCAAGAUGCAGAAUUAAUUGGACUCGUGAUGAUGGAAUUUUGCUUCUUGAGGCCAACAGGCUUCUGAGGGCAGGUGGCUACUUUGUCUGGGCAGCACAGCCUGUUUACAAACAUGAAGAGAGCCUUCAAGAACAAUGGAAAGAAAUGGAGGACCUGACUGUUAGCAUUUGUUGGGAGCUUGUAAGGAAGGAGGGUUACAUUGCUGUAUGGCAGAAACCUAUGAACAAUAGCUGCUACCUUAGUCGUGACAUUGCUGUGCAUCCUCCAUUAUGUGAGUCCAAUGAUGAUCCGGAUGAUGUUUGGUAUGCCAGUCUUAAGGCAUGCAUCACUCCGUUACCUAGUGGUGGAUAUGGAGCAAAUGUCACUAAGUGGCCUUCACGCCUUCAUCAACCACCAUCCAGGCUUCAAAGCAUCAAACUAGAUGCCAUUAUAUCCAGAGAGGAUCUCUUUAAGGCUGAAUCAAAAUAUUGGAAUGAAAUAAUAGAUAGUUAUGUUCGAGUUUACCGUUGGAAGGAGUACAACAUGAGAAAUGUAAUGGACAUGAGGGCAGGAUUUGGAGGGUUUGCUGCAGCUCUGCAUGAUUUUGGUAUUGACUGUUGGGUUAUAAAUGUUGUUCCUAUUAGUGGAUUCAAUACCUUGCCUGUUCUAUAUGAUCGAGGGCUGAUAGGAGUUAUGCAUGAUUGGUGCGAACCGUUUGAUACAUACCCAAGAACAUAUGAUAUGCUGCAUGCAGCAGGUCUCUUCUCUGUUGAAAAAAAGAGGCGAAGGUGUAAUAUCUCAACCAUAAUGCUUGAGAUGGAUCGGAUGCUAAGACCAGGUGGGCGUGUCUAUAUACGUGACGCCAUACAUGUUAUUAGUGAACUUGAAGAAGUUGCAACUGCAAUGGGAUGGGUGAAUUCUGUGCAUGAUGUAGGAGAGGGUCCUUAUGCAAGCUGGAAGAUACUAAGAUGUGAGAAGCGCUUUUGAAUUGCUCAAUUGUAAUAGUAACUCAACUAAGAGAACCAUAUAUUGGCUUAUGCAACCGGAACAUGGUUGUCUACCUAAAAUCUUAUUCAGUGCCAGAAAAAUGUGGCUAUUACUAACCCUUGCAUUCUUGUUCAAAAGCCGAUUCUAUACUUCAUAACAUUUUUUCUUGUAAACAAUUUUUUUAUUUCUUUAUUUAU